AUGGAGUUCACAAGAGCAAUGCUGCAAGCACAGGACGAGCAGAUCCGACAGCAGGCAGCUCAACUUCAACAGAUGAGUGCCAUGCUAACGCAGGCAUUGCAGCUUGCAAGUGCGAAUGCUGCCAAUGCACAUAUUGCAGCAGCUACAACUUCAUCGUCGACGAGUCCUACACCUGGAGGAGAACCCUCAGCAGCAUCUGCGAAUGCAUCGACCCCUGUGGAUAUGGAAGUAGACUCUGGUGUACGAAACAAGAGAGCAGAGGGCUACAUUCCACAGUUGCCUCAGCUGAACUAUGCGUCCAUGACGAGUAGACAUGCUGAAAUCCGAGUUUGGACAGCUUACAGAGACGAACUUACAAGCUGGCUUUGUUUGCUUGACGACCGGUACGCUACGGAGUUGCAGGAGGCGAUUAGUAGCAAUGUGGAAGUUUUGCAGGUGAAGCUUGAAGCCGGGAAGGCAGCUCGGUCAACCAAACUUUUGUUUUUGCUUCGUCAGUCCAUGAGCAAGUUCCAGCGUGGGCAGGAUUUGGUGCAUCUCAUCGAGGUGAAGCAGAUGGGAGCAAGUGCCGGAUACGAACUCUGGCGCUCGCUGAACAACGAGUUGUCCGUUCGCUCCAGAGUAGAAGGACAAGCCCUUCGCGAGCAGGCAUUAGGCCUGGUGCCGCCAAAGCACCUCAAGCGGCCACUUGAUGUCGCUAGGUGGUACACCACCGAACUUCUCAAGUUCGAGGCGCAGGUGAAGCAUCGCUUCCCGGAGUUGCUCAUCGGAGAACAAGAGGGAGUCUUGUGCCUGAUGAAGCACUUGGAUUCUGAGACCAAGAGAUACCUGCUCCUCCAUCACUCAACGAAGAGCAUGGGUGAGCUGAUGACUGGUUUGCAGUUUUACGACGAGCAGCUUCGUGUGAUGGACUUCCAGAGAGAAGGAGCAUCCGGGUAUGCGAAUGCCUUCAAGGGUGGCAAGGGCGGAAAGGGCGACAGAGACAAGAGCAAUAAAGGCUCCAAGGGCAACAAGGGCAACAAAGGCGAGAAAGGAGAAAAGGGACAGAAGGGUGGCAAAGCGAAAGGAAAGGACAGGAAAGGUGACCAAGGCGGAAAAGGAGACAGAGCUCGGAGCAAGAGCAGAGAGGCGAAGAAGACAGAUGUCUGCCGGAACUGCGGGAAGACUGGACACUGGGCACGCGACUGCUGGGCACCUUCGAAGGACAAAGCCGCAGCGGCGACGAGCCACCGAAACUCCCGGGCGCAAAGGCGGGAGCGACGGUACCACAUACCGACCCCCUUUCGUUUCUUGAAUCUCCAUGUUCGAACAAACUUCGUCGUCAGGCCCUUCAUCAAGCUCACGUCUUCAUUUGGAGUGGCUGCCCUCAAGACAGACUUCUUGAUAAGCCGAGCCACCUCCACACUGUCGGCCAAAUCAUCGAGCUCAGCCAAAAUGGCGUUGUCAAGCUCAGGCUCCCUUCCAUUGUCGGGAAACCAAAGUCGCUCAUCGUCCUCCCUUUCCUUUGCCCUUACCACCCUUAUCUCCUUUACCCUUACCACCCUUAUACUUGCCUCUACCGCCUUUGGCAACGCGAUCGACAUCCAUUGGCACAACAUCGCCGGAAUCAUGAAGGCCUUUCUUGCCUUCCUGCAGCCCAUAGCUGCUGGCAACACUGGAUUGCCACUUUGUCUGAGCACCAUCCCACCUGAGCACCAGCUCACGCAGGUCACGGUAGGUGCUGUCGUCAGAGAUGACCGCGUUGGCUGGCGAAGUUGGCCUGUCAAGCAGCAGCUGAGGAGAGUGGCCAAUUUGUUGUUUUCAGGCAGUCCACCUCUUUCAAGCUGCGCAUACUCUUCAAAGGCUGCUUCAAGACGCAGAAGUUGCUGA